AUGGAGAGUGAUGGCGACAGCGCUACUGAUCGAGAAGAUAGCUUAACACGAGUACCGGCUAAGAGAAAGCGUUAUAAGCAGAAGUUUCGGGAAGAAUGGUUGCUGAAUAAAGAAUAUAGUGACUGGCUAAGAAAGGAUAAUAGGGACUUAUCGAAGGCGGUCUGCAAUGUUUGCAAUACAUCUUUCAGUGCCGAAAUAAGUGUAAUAAAACGCCACAAAGAAGGAACUAAACACGUGAAUAAUUUAAAGAGGUGUAGUGCUUCAACUUCCAAAAAACAACAGUCUAUAGUAAGCGUUUUUAAAUCCAUGCCAACUAAUGAAAAGCAAUUGGUAAAGACUUCAGAAAUAAAAUUAGCUGCUUUUGUUGCUGAGCAUAAGGUAUCUCAUAAUGUCAUGAAUCACUUAGCAGAUUUGUUACCAAAGUUGUUCCCAGAUUCUCAGAUAGCCAAAGAUAUUAGAUUAAAAAGAACUAAAGUUCAAGCUGUGAUAAAUAACUGUAUUGGGGAAACUGAAAAAGAAAACUUGAUCAGUGACUUGAAAUCACAAAUGUUUUCAAUUUUGAUAGACGAAAGCACAGAUAUUGUUGUAGUAAAAACAGUAGCUGUAGUGGUCAGGUAUUUUGAUCCAAUGAUUGGUAAAGUUAUCACUCGGUUUUGGAAUUUGAUUCAAUUAUUUGAUGAGAAAACCACCGAUCAUGUUGCAAAUGCCGAAAAACUUUUUAAUACUGUUAUAGGUUCAUUUCAAAAGUAUGAGAUUCCUACGGAAAACAUCAUAGGUUUCGGCUCUGAUGGAUGCAACACAAUGAUGGGAUGUAACAAUUCAGUUUCAAGUCGAUUUCGUCAACGUUGUCCAGGCAUAAUUGUGAUCAAAUGCAUUUGCCAUUCUCUGCAUCUUUGCGCUAGUGACGCAUGUAAAGAGCUUCCACUAAAUUGUGAAAAAAUGGCGCGAAAUAUUUAUAAUUAUUUUAAAUCCAGUAGUAAAAGGCAGAGUGAGUUGAAAGAGUUCCAGUAUUUUGCUGAGGCGGAUGUGCACAAAAUUCUAAGACCAGCCCAGACUAGACGGUUGUCUUUAAAUGCAGUAGUACAAAGGAUUCUGGAACAAUGGGAUGUAUUACGUCUUUAUUUCAAUAGCAAAUGGCUGGAAGAAUCGGAGUGCCACGAUAUUCAUGCAUGCCUGAAUGAUCCCAUAAUCAAGGCUUAUUACUAUUUUUUGGCUUGGAUGUUGCCAAAAUUUACAACAUUAAAUAGCUGUUUUCAGAGCGAAUCUAUUUUAAUUACGAAACUACAUGGGAAAAUGACAGCUUUUUAUAAAGAACUGUUACUAUUGGUUUUACACAGAAAUUAUGUAAAUUCCGCUCCUAUUGAAACUAUAGAUCCAAUGACAGAAAUAAAUCACAAGGACCUAAAAGACAUAUAUCUAGGUUUAGGUGUCCAGAAAGAACUAGAUUCUGUUGAAAAUGAAGAAAGAAAGUUAACUCUCAGAAAGAUGUGUAAAAAUUUUAUUAUUAGAGCUUGUGUGGGCCUUCGUAAACGAUACUGUUUUAAUGACAAAAUUAUGACAGAAAUAGCAAAAUUUGAUCUAGAGAAAGUAAUUUCUGAUGACAGGGAAGAGUCAGUUUCGUCGUUAUUUCCAUUACUGCCCAGAAUUGCCCCAACUUCAAUCCAACAUCAACAAGAACUAGAUGAUGAGUGGCGGAAGUUGCCGUUAUACUACAAAGAUUUGGAUUUAAGUCAACCCCCUGACGUAUUUUGGCACCAGGUCGCAGAACUGCAAGAAUUCUACCGUCCGCUAGAUUUCAGACUUGGCAACACUGCUAGAAAUGAAUGA